UAAGAAAAUGAAAUAAGUAUUUUCGUUGAAUUGAAUGACACGGUAAAACUUUUUUACACUCUUAAUGCAUCUCAAUUAAAUCCUUAGUUUAAACAGAAAACAUUCAUAAAAACCAACCAGUAAAAAGAAAAAGAAGCGCAAGACACCGUCUUCUUCGAUCCUUCUUCACUUUGUCUCUGCCUUCAUUGCCGCGACUGAAAUUGUUGACAUACCCAUCAAACAAGACUUCGAAUUGAGCACGACCUAGAUUUGACUUAAAGAAAUCAAAGUAAAAACCCUCUAUGGGAAACCAAACAGGUUGAACCUGCACUAACUAUGCAUCAGCAUCAUUGAUAUUAAUAUGGAUAAUAAUACAGAAGCAUUUCAAAGUUUUCUUCAGGUUCUCCCCCCUGUUGAUUUUGCAUGCGUUUACGGAUCAUCUCUUCAUCCAACCAACCAUGACAAGACAACCAUGAUUGAUUUUAUUCUUGGUGUUUCUGACCCCAAACAAUGGCAUUCUGAGAAUCUGAAAUUGAACAAGCAUCACUAUGCAUCAUGGAUGGUGCACCUUGGUGGAGAGAGGCUGAUUACCGAAGUUGCAGAUAGAAUUGGUGUGGGGGUACAUUUCAACCCUUUUGUUACUUGGAAUGGAAAGAUGUUCAAGUAUGGGGUUGCUCGAACGCAUGAUUUACUUCAAGAUGUGCAGCAUUGGGAGAAGUUCUACUUGUGUGGUCGUUUGCAGAAACCAGUUCAAAUUGUUGUCGAUAAUUUGGACAUAAGCACUAUCAAUUCCGUUAACUUGCGAGCUGCGCUGUCAGCUUCUCUUCUCUUGCUUCCAUCAGAAUUCACAGAGGCAGAUCUGUAUGCUAAAGUUUGUAGUCUUUCAUAUAUGGGUGAUGUGCGCAUGUUAUUUGCUGAGGAUAAAAAUAAGGUGAAGAAAAUUGUAGCUGGGCAGUUUGAUCUAUUCCACUCGAUGUAUAAGCCAUUUCUCGAAGAAUAUGAUGCUAAGAAGUUAUUGAAACUUUCAUCAACUGUCAAUCACAAAAUACACGUCUCUCAGGAUUGUGACUUAUCAGUUGCCUGCUCCCUAGUGUCUGCUCUUCCUCCAUCAAUCAGAAGCCAGAUUGGCAUGAAGCAAGGAGAGGGAAUGAAAUCCAGUCAAACGGGUAGAAUCAUACACGAUAGUAAUAUCAGCUCAAGAGAAGGUGCUGCAAAUUGCUUGCAGAGAAUUCUGAGGAGAAAGGUUAUGGUUUCAAGUGCAAGGCAGGCCAUAUCUGGCCUACUUACUGUUGGUGGGGUAAAAGCUACCAAGUAUGUUGCUAACAAAAUUAAUAAAGCUUGGAAGUCAUGGAGAUGAUGUUUUUUCUGUAAUUACAAACAAUCAUAGAUGGUUUUCUUGCACAUGGGGAAGUUUAAGGGAGAACUAGUUUUGUGACUGUUUUUCUGUUUUCAUUUCUCCCUUUUUAUCCCAUUAUAUUGGAGGUGGCUUUUUUUUCUUCCUUAAAACCCUUUUUUCCCAAUGAAAGGGAAUAGGUGUUACUGUAUUGACAGUGGUUAAGAAUCAAACUGCACUGACAGUAGUUAAGAAUCAAACUGCACUGACAGUAGUUAAGAAUCAAAUAGGGUAUGAAAAUUAAAGAAAUUUGGUCCCAUCAAUAUUUUCUUUCUUUUUAUACUCCUUGAAUUCUCAUUUUCUUUUCAAAUAUUUAUAUGUACUGAAUUUAGUAUCUCAUUAAAAACCGAGUUUUAACUUUAAAGUAGGAUGAAAAGAUGAAAGUGUAUACUUGUGAGAAUUAAAAAAUUAUUAUGCUUCAAAAUUAUGCAAUAGCUAUAUUAUAGAGACUAAAAGUGCUGUUAAUUUGAUUUCCUAUCAAUAUCAAAUCUCAUAGAAAUGGAAACAGCAAGAUUUGUAAUUUCCUUUAAAGCAAUAAAUCAAAGUAGUUAUUUGCCAAAACAUGAAAAGGUAAAGUAUGACUCAACUAACCAACCAAGACAAAAUAACUGACAUAAUGCUUCUGCUAAAGCUAAACUAAAAUAGCAAAACAAGAUGUAAGAAGAAAUAAUAGCAAGUAAAUAGAAGACACAAUUGUACAUAAUAUAGUUCAAAAUUAAACUAAUAUUAAACAUCCAAAUUAAAAUCCUGACAAUAAUUUUGCAGCAGAGUUGAAGAAAAUGUCAUGAAUCACACACAAAGUACCAAUAGGAAAAACACAAAGUAAGAAACUAUUGAACUUAUAAAUUUUGGCAUCUCCUAUAUGUUUCCUAUGAAACUAUUACUAUAACUACUAUCAUUAUUCUUCCAAAAUGCCUCAUUUCAUGUCAGUACCAAUUAAGAGACAUUUGGUUCCUGAUAUUGACUACAGCCUACUUGUAUAUGGAACACCUGCAGCAUAUUGGGUGUCCAGAAUAUCAAUCACCUUGUUGGCUAUAGCACUUGCAUAAACCGAUGAACCUUCACUUACCUGCAUAAGUGAAAUAACUCAUAGUUUAACAUAUAACCAAAUCAAAUGUAAUAAUAAUUCUAUGCAGAGUUUACUUGAUUUUUACCUACCUUGCUGUUGAACAAGAAACUGCAAUAUUCACCUACAUGUCCACCUGCAACAUGGCGAAGUUCCAGCUGAAGUUCAUCCAGAACCUUGGAGACAUACAGUAAACAAUUAACUUUCUUCCUCUGAAACAGUUUGAUAGUAACAUCAUCGUCGACAAUCCGGACAUCAACCUCACUGUCUUUGGAUUUCCUCUGCAGCCAUGAAGUCCUUAUGCUUCCAUUUGGAUCACCAAAAGGCUUUAUGUUACAGCUUUCUGCAGCAGCAUCUUCAGCUUUAAGUGUCUUGCACAUUUCCCUUCCAUGUCUUUUCUUCUCCACCAAUAGUUUCAGCUCAUUCACUGUUCUAAUCAGCUCUCUUAUAUACUCAAUAGCAUCUCCAACCACAGAUGCUCUAUCAACCUGCAUUACACCAAAACUAUCCAUUAAUUAAUCAUUUCAAUCCUAGUUAUCAAAUAAAGCUUCAAAAAAGUUCAUAGUUGUUUACCUUAGUGGGAUUUGGGAUGAGUCCCCUCAAGAUUUUGUACUUCCCAUUCAAUUGCUCUCUUCUUUGUUUCUCUGUUGCAAAAUGUUUUGUAGCUUUUCCUCCUCUUCCUUUACCAACAUUAGCAGCAACCCUAUUGAAUUCCAGCACUCCCAUGUCUCCAUCUCCUUCCAUCUCAUCUCCUCCACCGAAAAGAGAACCAUUCCUCGAGCUAGUCGGCAUGCUAUACCCGCGAGGCAGAGAUUGAAACAACUCUCUGAGGGCCGGUGGCUGUGGAGGAAGGUUCAAAGGAAAUAGAGGAUCAUACAAAACCGACGAUCCACUUGUAUUGUCCGAUGAUCCAAUCGGAAGAUCUCCAAGAAAACUCAUCGAGUUAUGAAAAUUUGGCGGUUUUUGAUUCGGGUUUGUGAGAAAAGAUGAAGCCGAGCAUCUAGGUAAAUGGAGAAGGUUUAAAAGAUCAGGUGAAGGGUAAUGAGGGUCGAGUAUAUUCGACGGAUUGUAGGUUUGGUUAUGGUUUUGCGGCUCAACAAUUUGUUGAAACUGUUGUUCAUGUAGUUGGUGAUGUUCUUGGUGAUUAGCAUAAUCCAUAUUUUGCAACUCAUGAACAUUAGGAUCCCAAGUUGAGUUGUUCUGAUACACCUCUUGCACCAAAUGGUUAUCAAGGUGCUGCGGAUUAUGAUUAUGAUAAGAGAAUCCCUCCUCAGAAGGCCUGAAAUUCUCUUCAAGACUAUUAUUGGUAUUACCUUCAACCACUUGAUUUGGGUGAGUUUGGGAAAAGUUAUUAUCUUUAAGAGAAUUUUGAAUACCUUCAUCCAUUGUGUUGGGAUCAAAGCAACCAGUUUGUUCAUGCAUGUUUUGCUUGUCUCCUGAGCAUGAACUCAUC